AUGGAAACUGAAGCCGCUCGCGAGCUCGAGCGUGUGCAGAAGGAGAACUUCACCUUGAAGCUCAGGGUGUUUUCUCUGGAGCAGGAGCUUCACCCAGACCGUUCAACCGGCAAAGAGGCAGCCUUUGCAUCUGAAAUCAGUACGGAGAUAGAAAAGAGGGACCAACUUCUUCUCAAAGCAAAAUUGUCCAUACAGUCUCUUUCCUCUGAGAACGACACCCUCCGCCAUCGCCUCCAGUCAGUGGAGACGCUCCUUUCAGAGACAGAGACUCAGGCUUUAGAAUGGAAGCAACGAGUGUCUGCAUUUGAUGCAGAAAGCGUGCUAAGGGGCAAGCAGGCAGAGUCUGCGCAGAAUAACUUCAAACUAGCAUGCCAACAAAUAGAAGAGCAGAAGCAGAAAAUCAAGCAGCAGCACUAUCUCAUUUUACAACUUCAGAACAAGCUGAAUCCAUCCACUGGGGUCCCAUCUGCUCCUCAGCCAGGCGGAGCAAGCACUGCAGGCCUCACGCAAGAUGAAAGCGAGUGCCUUUUAGAGGACAUAGGCGUUCAGUGGCGAAGGUAUGUCUCUUCAUUAGAGGUAAAACACGCAGAAGAGUUAGAUGCAAUCAAGAAAGGACAUCAGCAGCAGCUGGAGCGCUUCUUCCAGGGGAAAAAUAGCGAAAUAGAAACAUUUCAAAAGGAUUACGCACAGCUUCAGGAGACAAUCUUCGGAUUGAGAAAUCAGAACGCUGAUCUGCAUCGUGUGGUAGAAGAUAUGAAGCUUCAGGAGGACCAGUUCCGCCAGACAGCAGAGCACUUCAAAAAUGAUUCUAUGGAGAAGGCGGGACAAAUACAGCAGCUCAAGCUCGCAUUAGGAGAGGCAGAAGAUAUAAAGAUGCAUGCGCAGUCUCUGCAGGCGGCUAAUUCGUCUUUGGCAGAUCAAGUUUCCGACCUCACCAGUAGAAUUGAAAUUCUUAUCAGAGAGGCGUCCGAUCGUGUGGCCGAAAUCUCAAAUCUCCAUAGUGAAAAACUAACACUGGAGACCAGGGCAAAGCAGGCAGACACGCUUGAAAAGACGUUAGAGGCCAGAAGUACAGAACUAAGCGAGCUACGGCGCGACAAUAUCAAGUACCAGGAAGACAAUAAGGCUCUCUUUUUAGAAGUUGAACACCUGAGGAUGGUGGCCAGCUUUGUACCAGAGAAGGAGGAGACCAUAAGAAAACAACUUGAAAUGAUUACCGAGCUGCAAAACAUCAACGUCCAAAAUUCCUAUGAAAUUAAUUCUUUGAAGGAUACAGUUGCCAGUCUCAGUGCAAAGGAGGUGACAAUAGCAGCUCUUACCAAGCAGCUGGAAACGGCAGAUGCAGAGCUAAAGAGGCGCCAGAUGGACUCUGUGGAGCUGACGAAUCUGCGCUCAACUAACGACCAGGUGAUGCUGGAGCUCACAAAGCUCCGAGCAGAUCACGCCAGCGCUGGACGAGAGCUCAGAGAAAUCAGGGAGGCUCAUGAUACCCUCAAGGCACUGCACAGUCAAGUGACCAUGGAGGCCGACACUAGAUCAUCGGAGCUAACCGCAGAGCUGACUGCUUAUAAAGCACAGGCUUCCCAGCUGAAGACAAGAGUUGCAGAGCUGGAGCUGCAAGGGUCUUCCUUAAAGGCAGAGCUGGACACCGCUCUGGCCCAUUUAGAGAGCAGAACAAAGGAUAUUGAAUUCGUCAAGACUGAAAAGUGCUCCUCAGAGAGGAUUCUCACGGAGUAUCGAGAGAAUUUGAAAAGGCAGGAGCAAGAAUUUGAGGCCAUGAUGACUGAGCAGAAUGAACGCAUAGCAACGCUUGGGAAAGAGCUUGACAGCGUUUCCAUUACGUUUCGUUCUGCAUGCAAGGCUGUGGAGGACAUGUCCGUGAGGCUACGUGUCAGUAAGAUAACAAACGUGAAAACCCUUGAAGACAUUCUCAGUAUUACCUCAGCCGUAAUUCGGCGGCACGAAGGAGUUCUUGCGGAGCUGGAUGCGUCAAAUACUCGAACAUAUGAGAUCCAGCUGAAAGCCGACCAGACCCGCAGCGAGCUGGCUAGAGUCAAGAAGGAGCUGGACUACUGUAACGGAGAGAUCGAGGGAAAGGACAAACGCACACGGGAGUAUCUGGCGGAGAUAGAUACGCUAAACAGAUCGAUAGAAGGCAUGCGGCAAGAGGUUUCUGUUGCAGAGAAGAAUCUGAAGGAGGCUCUUGACCAGCGGUCAAAGCUCAAGACAUAUAACAAUGAAUACAAAGAUAAAAUUGCCCGUCAGGAACUAAGAAUCACGAGUUUGCAAGAAAAGAUAAAGUCCCAGGAGGUUCUAGUGGCAGAGCGAGUUAAAGAGAUCGAGCUUAGCAUGCAACGCCAGGUCAAGACAUUUCUAGACGCCAUGACCGAUCACAUCUCUCGAAGGGUAUCUCCAGAGAUUGCCUUAUCAGAGAUCAAGCGAUUCGAGUUAAUCUUUUUGUCGACAGAGGAUGCACUUAACCGGCAACACGUACGGAUCGGCGAGCAGCUCAAUCCUCCCGCAGAUCUACUGAACGAUCCCCUCUUAGGGCAUAAUUUAGGCCCGGGUGUCCUGAUAUCUAGUAAUGUUAGACCUGUUCUGUAA